AUGAUUCGUGACGAUAAAAAAGUUUUAAUGUUGCAAAAGCAACAGCCAGUUAAACCCACCAUUUAUCUUUAUACAUCAGCCGGAAAAUUAUUGGAACAAUUACAAUGGGACAAAGGCCGCAUUAUUAAAAUGGGUUGGACUGAUGCUGAACAACUAGUUGUUGUCAUGGAAGAUGGUAUUAUAAGACUGUAUGACAUUCAUGGUGAUUUUACUCAAUUUUCUCUUGGAAAAGAAGCCAAAGAUCAUUUAGUUAUUGAUUGUAAGAUUUGGGGAACGGGUCUAGUAGCUUUGACUGGGAACUUUAAGCUUAUUGCUCUGAUAAACUUUGAUGAACCUAGGCCAAAGCUUAUGGCUGAUCCAGAAGUAUUUUUAGCUACUGGCUCUACGAUCUUAACUGUUGAUGCUAUAGAAUCUCAGGAUCAACAAGGUCCUUUUACCAAGAUGGAUGUAUCUCCGAAUGGUAAAUUUUUGGCUCUCUUUACCAAUGAAGAUGUUACCGAGGAAAUUUUCAAAAUAGGCUCUACUGCUCCAGCGGCAAUGUUAUUUGACGCUUUAGAACACUUUGACAAACGGAGUCCAAAAGCUGAUGAGAACAUACGAAGCAUUCGUACUGAACUUGCUGAUGCAGUUGAUGCUUGUAUCGAGGCUGCAGGGCAUGAGUUUAACCAAGUUCGGCAACGAAGUCUACUUAAAGCGGCAGCGUUUGGCAAAACGUUUCUCGAGUCGUAUAAUUCUGAUCGUUUUGUAGAGAUGUGCCAAAUAUUAAGAGUGCUAAAUUCUAUUAAAAAAUCUACAGAUGAUGAGGAAACUAUUUGUCGAAUGAUUGUGGAAAAACUGGCUAACAGACCCGGCCUUUCUUAUGCUGAAAUUGCGAGAACUGCACACAAACAGCAAGAUUUGAAACUUUUAGCUGACUUCUAUUAUCAGGAUGAUAGGAGAGUAGAAAGUGCUAAUAUAGCAAUAUUAGAGAGUUAUAAACAAAAGGCUGUCGACGAACACAUUAAAUUAUUACAAUCACAAGCUCAAUUAGAAAAAGACAUGAAUCAAAAAUUUGUCGGGUUACCUUUGAGUGAGACAGUUCACAAGUGCAUUAUCGCGAAUCAAUCUAAUAGAGCAAAUAAGCUUAAAUCAGACUUUAAAAUUCCUGAUAAACGGUUUGUAUUAAAGGCUUUGGUCGAAAUGAGAGAUUGGGAAGAGCUAGAUCGAUUUUCAAAGUCAAAGAAGUCUCCUAUUGGAUAUGAGCCAUUUGUUGAAGAGUGUAUCAAAGCCACACAACAAAGUGAGGCUGCCAAAUACAUUCAAAGAUGCGAUCCUGCCAUUCGACCUGGCCUAUAUAUAAAAAUAGGAGAUUUCAGGGCUGCAGGUCAAGAAGCACUUGCUGAAAUAAAAGGAAAAUGUGCUGAUCAAGUCAUUGCGCAAGAAUUAGAUGCUUAUAUUGCUCAAGCAACCGCGAGAUAG